CUACCAGCGAUAAGAUAUCAUAUCUUCCGUCAACCCUUACCUUACCCCUUAGGACUGAAACUGCAAGAAAAAGUCAUAGAUGCUAGAUUGGGGAGAAAAGAGAAAGGUGUAAGAGUGACACAAGAUAUCGUAUUUCUUCUUGAGCACACACCAACAUAUACUACAGGAAGAAGAGACAACACACCUAACCCUGAUCACCUUCACCCUGAAGAAAAGAAAGUUCAGAAUGUUGGAGCUGGGUUUUAUAUCACUAAAAGAGGUGGUCAGGUGACUUAUCAUGGUCCUGGUCAAUUAGUGGGGUAUCCUAUAUUAGAUUUGAAUGUCAUGGAGCUAUCCACUCGAUGCUACGUAGACAAAUUACAACGUCUUCUAGCCGGGUAUUGCAUCAAUGAUCUCAACCUCCCCGAUAUUUCAGCCCCUCAUCCUGACGGACACGUAGGAGUUUUCUCCUCUCCCGUAGAGAAAGUAGCAUCCAUAGGUAUUCACUUACGACACCGUAUCACCUCUCACGGUUUCUCCAUCAACGUGACUCCUGAACCUAUAAAAUGGUUUGAUCUCGUCCUUGCUUGUGGUCUUGCAGAUGUUCACGCCAUCUCAAUAAAUCAACUCCUUCAACGUACCUCUCUAACCACCGGAAUAUCUGCUCGUCAAUUAACAGUGGAAGAAACAGCCCGGAGUUUGUUGAAAGUUUUUGAGAAAGCUUAUGGAAGGGAAAUUGUUGAUCUC